UACCACUCAGGAAACUCCCUAGAAUAUCUAAUGCGUUAAUAGAAAUGAUUGAUUAUACAGUUAUAUUAAAAUCAUUUAUUUAAAUGAUACGGUAAAAUAUUAUGAAAAAACCGACCAUAGCUGUUAAAACGAUAUGGGCAUGCUUCUCUUUAUCGUGUCUCGUUCUCGUUUACUAUUGAAUGUACUAGCUGUUCAAUAGUACCUAAACGCCACAUUUUUUUCAAGGCACAGCAGUUUGUUAUUGGCAGUUAAACGUGUCCGUUAAUGACCGCUGUUUAAUAUAAUAUGCCCUAGUAUAAGUGUAUUUGUUGAAUGAGUGACGCAUUUUACUUAAGGGUGAAAAAGAAUAUCUCAGUUUAUCGGUGAACUCGUUGAAUUCCUUGACUGCGAAAGGUUAGUGGCUAAAAUGCCCACAGAGGUGAAGCAGAGGAAGAAGACGCAGAAACAUGGAGAUGAAGCGUCCGAAAAUUUGACAACUAACGGUAAAAACGAGGCGAAAAAAGUUAAAACAGAAUCGGCAAAUAGCAAAAUAGCAGAUAAAAGCUCCUCUAGUUUGGACAUUAGAAGUUUAUUGUGUGUAAUGUCGCUAGCAGCUUGUGGAGCUCUUAGCUGGAUGGUGAUGCAACAGAACGAGAGGUUUUCCCAAAUGGAGGAGAAGUACAAAUCACUGCAGGGGAAAACUUCCAGUCUGUUUGAGAUGGAGGAGGAAGUUCUGAGAGUUUCUAGAAAGUGUGAGAGCAUCCAGCCUAUGUUGGAGAGUCUGGGGGAUCAGCAGGGGUUGGUGCAGCCUCCACUCCGAGAGCUGGAGCAGGAUGUGGAGGGGCUAAAGGAGUGGGCAUCUGGGCACAGUGAAAAACGAGCCCAGCUGCAGAGCAGCAUGAGUGCACUGCGAGAGGCUGUGGGACAAAUCCAAGAACGCACCUCAGCCAUCACUAAGGACUUGGCCAACAAGGUGGCAUCAGUGAGGACAGACGUGCGCAGAAUGGACGGCCUGCGUUCCGAGCUGGAUUCUCUGCUCAGCCACGUCGGAGAGCUUGAGGACCAGACCGGCCAGGUGGAGCGCAGCAUGGUCAGGCGCAUCGGGGACGUGCUGGCCAGCAGCAUCGACCGAGUCUCCAACCUCAGAUCGGUGGCCGAACGCAACACGCAGGCCAUCGAUCAGCUGCGCAGGCAGAUCCCCCAGCUGACCACAGCCGAUCAGAAGAUCUCUGAACAACUGAGGGAGCUAGAGAGCGGCAGAGCUCGUCUGAUACGGACGGUGACCUUCGCCAGUGACCUCAAACCUAAAGUUGCAUUGAUCAAGAGAGACUUCGCUGCCUUUGAGCCCCUCCUCUCCGAUCUGACGUUGAGAAUCGGAAGACUGGCAGAAGACCUGACCAAGAGAGAGCAGGAUAUCGCCGAGCUCAGACAGACUUUAUCCAACCUGACCGCAGUAGAGGGAGAGUUAAGUGUUACAUCUAAACAGGUCAGUGAAAUGGCUGAUAUUUCUGAUAUCGGAGACAUGCACCGGCCAAUGUGAGGAACUGUGGACGACUCACUUUAUUUGAAACGUAAGUGUCGCACUACUGUCAAGAUGUUUACAGAAAUAAAUAUGAACUUUUUUUUUUAAAGCUGAACUUUGCACAGCCUUUAAAUGUAAAUCUGCAGACAGGACCAGAUCAUAGAGCCUUAUAAGGAAUAAAAUGAGAACAAUGUGGCAGCAGGUCUGUGGUGGUAAUGUUUAAAGGUCAGUUAGGUUUUUUUGUCCCUGUUUGUCUCCACCUCUCCUUUCUUCAAUUAUCUUUAAGUGUUUUAAAUAUUUCACUUUAAUAUGUUAUCCUAAACAUUCUUUACAAAAAUUCAUCACAAAAUAUGGCAUGUUGUUUUAGUCCUUACCAGCAUCGUGAUUAUCAAGACAAUUAGCCUCCCCAAUGUUUAAUUAAGACACUAAAUAAUAAAUAAUAAUUAAUUGAGACAAACUAUGCAAGGUAAUGUUUUUUUUUUGUCAUUUUAAAGAUAUACCACCUACCUCUAUAAUGAAAUGAUAACAAGAACUUGCUAAAAGUUCAGCUAAAAAAAAUUAAAGUUUACUAAGGAAGAGAUUAUUAAAUUUAAAAAAAACAAAGUAAAACAAAAGCCAAAGAUUGGUGAAAAAUAGCUAAAUGCUAAGCAUUAAGCUAAAGGUUAGCCAGAAAAUACCUUAAGCUUAGCCAAAAAUACAGCAAUAAACACAGCUAUUCAUAAAAGCUAUUUUACAAUACGUCUUUUUUUAAAUGACUUUCCUCCAUGUGGUGGCCAUAAGUCUC